UUAUGCUCAAAAGAGGCAAUUUCACCUUUUUAUCAAAAAAUUGACAGAAUUUACAAAUAUGAAUUUCAACUGCAGACUACCAAAUAGAAGAAAUGUAACUGCAGCAGUUGCAACUGUAUAAAGUCAAACAGACUAGGUAUAGUUAUGACUAUAGUAUUUACAACUGCAUAUACUUUUAAGUACAAUGUUUUUACAACUACAUCCAACCAAACGGCCCCUAAAACGUACAAACACAGUAUUCAUGGAUCUCGAUUGUGACUCAACCCAUUCAGUCUCACGCAAAUUCGAACAUGACUCGGCCAGCCUCAUGUCAUUUCAAAUAUGACUCGGCUAGCUUGAUCUCUCGCCAAGCUACAGGGUAGAAUGCUGAUCCAUUUAAAUCAUCAAAUAUCUGUAUUUCCCAACCAAAAUCGAUGCCGUUGCGGUUAAACAAAUUCUUCAAACCCGAUACCCGAAAUCCGAAACCCGAUACCCGAUGCCUUUCACUCUCGUCGACCUCCUCCUCCUCCUCGUCUUCGUGUUCCUCUUUCUCUUCUUCUCCACCCCCCUACUCUUUUCCUCUUUUCCCCUUCUCCACCCCAAAACCCUAGCGUCCUCCUCCUCCUCCUCCUCCUCCUCCUCUCUCGCGUCCUCUCCACCCCUUCCUCGUCCAUGGCGCAGAGCAACAACAGCGCCAUCCCCAUCACCGAGCAGUUCUGGUCCCUCGUCGACAAGGCCGAUCGCCGCUUCUCCCGCGUCCGCGAUCGCCCCUCCCACGACCGCAAUCGGGACGACGGGGACUUCCACAAGGCGUUCAAGCUCUACACGCGGCUAUGGAAGAUGCAGCAGGAGCACCGCGCGGCGCUCACCGAUGCCGGGAUGCGGCGGUGGGAGGUGGGCGAGAUCGCGUCCCGCAUCGCCCAGCUCUACUACGGCCAGUACCGCCGCACCAGCGACUCCUCCUACCUCGCCGAGGCCUUCGUCUUCUACGAGGCCGUCCUCGACCGCGAGUACCUCCGCGACGCCCCCUCCGCCCCCUCCGCCGCCGCCGCCGCCGCCGAGGUCGCCCUCGCGCACAAGCAGCUCCGCCUACUCGUAAGGUUCCUCAACGUUUCGCUCAUCCUCGGGCGCCGCGAGAUGGUCUUGCGGCUCGCAUCGCUCCUCCGGAUCGUCCUCGAGGAGCACAGGCGAGGUUUUCAGGAAACAGAGUAUAAAGAGUGGAAACAUGUGGUUCAAGAAGUUGUGAGAUUUCUUAAAGCUGAUACACCGUUUAUGAACAUGAGGCCCUUAAGGUAUAGCUUUGCCUUUGAUCCCCCCCCAGACACGCUUCCAAGUGUGGUGCCUGGCGGCACAAAGAGAAGUCUAGCACUGCGUGAUGCAGUCCUGUGCAGCUACUACCACAACGAGGUAAAGAUUGGAGAGCUUACACUAGAUACUUUCAGAAUGCUGCAGUGUCUAGAGUGGGACCCAUGUGGGAUGUUCUCACUGAAGAGUGGAGCUGAUGGUACCCAUAGUGGAAUGGGGCUUAAUAGUCACAAUCUACUACAGGAUAUACGGGAUCCUUCUUUGCCGCUAAAUCCACGAAAAUUGAUACUGUAUCGUCCAUCUAUCACCCAUUUCCUUAUGGUCCUUGCGACGAUGUGCGAAGAGUUGCCUCAUGAUGGGAUCUUGUUAAUAUAUCUUUCAGCUGCAGAUACUGCAGAGAAGAUCACAGGGAGCUUUAGGAAACUCGAUAUAUCCUCUCCAAGCAACUCGCCAGUUAAUAGCCCUCCUGAAUCCUCUUCCCCCAUAACAGGGUCCCAGAAAAUAAACAAUGAACUUCACUUAUGGCUGGGUUCUCAUGGGAGUGAAGGUUCAAAGUAUAUUUAUCCUUGCGAUUUGGUACCAUUUACAAGAAGACCUCUGUUUCUGGUGAUUGACAGUAAAUGCAGCCACGCAUUCAAGGCUAUAAAUGGGUCAGAGAAGGGAGAGACAGCAGCUAUGCUUCUUUCCCCAAUCUCUCGACCUCCGACAGCUGCGGCUGGCGAUGAUUCUUCUCGCUCCCAAAAUGGUAGCCAAUUCACAAUGUUCCUCACAGCACCGUUGCAAGCUUUCUGCUUCUUGAUUGGAAUUUCGGGCACAAAUAUCGACAAGGUCUUUGAGAAAUAUGUUGCGGCUGAGAAGCUACUCUCAUUAUCCCUGAAGGAAUGGGAAACGACUUUGGUGGCAUCCGACGCUCUCCAUCCGGUCUGGAUUCAAGCAUUGGGUGAUCCCUUUUUAAGGCGAUUCAUCCUCAGAUUUAUAUUUUGUCGAGCUUCUCUUGCGCUGUUUAAACUGACAAACGGCGAGGAGGAAUUCCUUCCUGGCUGCACCCCUCAAUUACCCGAAUCCCUUGAUCCAGAUGCCGCUCUCUCCCAAUCUUGUAUCCUGCGGCUCGCCAACUUCUUCAACGCCGCCGACCAGUUUGCUUUCACCGAAGGAAUCGCACGAUCGUCUGAGUCAGAUGCUGAUUUGAUUACUGAGGCUUCGGAUGUCCGCUAACCGCAUUUCUCAGGACCCAAUUGAAUGCCGAGAAUAUCAGAUAUAUCUCGGGCGGAUGUGAAUAUCCUGUUGAUAUUCUUAUUUAUUCACGGUAAAUUCUUUAACUGCUGUUGUGAUUUGCCAAAGGUACUCUGAUUCUUUGCUCAGUUAUAGGGAAUCAAAUUCCUGUGUGUGUGAAAUGUAAAACGGAGAGCUUGGUCGAAAGUACGAAACUCGCAGGAGAGCGUCGAAGAAGUAGAAAGGGUACAAACGCCUCCGUUUACAGAACAUGGGACGGUUACGGUGAUCGACUUGCCUUGGUUCUCCAGUAACUUUGAUCUGAUUGUAAAUCUCCAUCCAAAGCUCAACAAGUUGCAGUUUACAACAACGCGAACUAUCAAUUUGAUCUCAUCGGCGGCGAUCCGGUUUGAAUUUUCCCUAUACGUAGCUAGCUACUAUGUGAUGGGACAUAUCUUUAUAAGAUUUUAAUAGCACUAUAGUUUAUACCUUAGGCAGUGAUUUGUAUAAUCUGAUAUAGUUCUUAGUUGAGUUUCCUACUCUACGGUAGUGUUAACUGCACCAUUGGUAUUCAACCUUUAUCUGAAUUUUCGUUGUGAUUCCUUACUCUUUUUUUUUUGUUUCCGAUUAAGUUUCUAAUCUUUAUUAUUUGUUGCAGUGAAGUUCCCAGUUUGUGAAA